AUGCAAGUCUAUGAUGGCAAAGGGAUCUUCCAAGAAAGCAAAGGUGUGGGUGUUCCUCUGUUCAUCAACAAGACAGUGGGGGACUCCAUGGAGCUGCUGUCAGGCUUAGAGAGGGGACAUUUCAAAUCAUUGGAGUGGAAGUAUAGGGUAAAGGAUAUUGUAGAAGUCAACUCAGAAGGUGUAUAUUCACCUGGAUCCCAGUUUGAGGGGAGACUAAAGAUGAACAACAAAAACUUUAGUUUAACGGUCAGAGAACUGCCACUGCAAGACUCAGGGGAUUUUCUAGUUACAGGCGAAGGGGACAAAGGUCAGAUUGGCAGUAAGACCAUCACUCUGAAGGGCCACGAGCCUAUAUCCAAAGUGGUGAUCCAGACAGACAUCACGCUAUUAGCCAACCACUCCUGUACGGUGCGGUUGGUGUGCAACGUGUCCUGCUACUCCAACCUUACAUACACCUGGGAGAGAGACAAUGAGAUGUACGGGGACACCCAGCAGAUUCACUUCUCUCUCUCUCCUGCAGAGAGAGACAUCAGUGUAACGUGCAACGCCUCCAACCUAGUCAGUUGGAAAACUGUCUUUGCGAUAGUAAAGGGUGGUAAUGACAAAACCGCCCCAGAAUAUGUGACAGGGCUGGCAUGGUAUACCAUCUACAUCAGAGUAUCAGUAGGAGGCACUGUGGUGCUGAUCCUCACUGUAGCUGUGGCAGUGUGCUACUGCAGGGGCCGCAGUAACCCAGAUAUGUACUGCUUAGGGCCCUUAACUAUACUUAAAGUUACAUUUCAGCCGCAGACUCUGUAUGACAAGAUCGCAUUUGGACGCCCAGAGCCCCCCACCUCUCCCUACCAGAAAGUACUGUGA